ACAGCUGAUCACAUCUGUCACACUGACAGAGGAGAGGAGAGCCGGUAAUCGGCAUUCCUCAGAGGGGACAUCUACACUGAUCAUCAGGGCACUUAUGAUCAGUGUGCCCUGAUGAUCAGUGUAGCCCCAGCAGUGCCAGCUGUCAGUGUCCAUCAGUGUCACAUCAAUGCCACAUAUCAGUGCCUACCAGUGCACAUCAAUGCCACAUAUCAAUGCCCAUCUGAGCUGGCUUUCACUGUCACCCAUCAGUGCCAGUCAGUGCCACCUAUCAAUGCCAAUCAGUGCCACCUAUCAGUGCUGCCAAUCAGUGCC